AUGGCUGCAAAUGCCGGAGGAAGGCCUGCGCCCCACCCAGUGAGGGUGGCACCAGCUCCUGUCAGUGGUCGCCAGCAGGCAGCUGUGCCCUCCCAGAGUGGUUCCAGCACACCGGGAACAACUGCGUCCACCUCCGGGCGAGCUGGCUCCACGGGUCGCGUCCAAGUAGCCUCCAGAAGCUCUCUCGAGGCACGCCAGUGGCACCGCCCCGUGGUUUUUCCUUCGGGCAAGGCCGUGGUUUCACCUGGCUCACCAACGUUGCCUCGCCAAGAACUGAAUGCUCCAUCCUCGUGGCAAAGCCCCGUGGCUGCAGGAUCUGUUCCUCAUCAACCCCAGGGCCGCGAGGACAGCUUAAUACAACCCGUUCGACGUGCCCGAUCUGCUGGGCGAUCUACAGGCCCCUCUGCGGAUGCCAACAAGGCCUCCAUGGCUCGACGGGAUUCUCCAGUACGGGCUUCCUCCCCACACGAUCCAGGUUCGAAACCGCGGCGAGCAUCUCCGCAACGGAAGAAAGGUGUUGGACGAGAGGCAAGUCGAUCACCAGAACCUCCUCGCGCUAGGCCUCCAGCGGCUUCUGCGCAGGUGUCUGCACCUGCAGAAAAGACAGGAAGUGCAGGUUCACCGCCUGCAGCGACGUCCAUGGAUUCGGGCCAAGCAGCUCCGUCUUUUGUAAAAUCACUGGCACGCCUGGCCCUGGUACUUGAAUCCAGCGGACACUCUGGAACCGGGGCUGCAGCUGCAGCGGCUGCAGUGGCUGCUGCUGUCGCAAAGCAGUCAGACUGUGAAUGGAUUGGCGAUUUUCAGGACUACUUACAAGAGGGGCUGGACCGGCGACCUCUUGAGCAGGCCAUGACCACUGGUGAGGACGCCCUGCGAGCGAGGUGUGCGCGUUUGGAGCACGAGGUGAUGGAGUUGCGUUGCUGGCUAUUUUCUCAAGACACGCCUCGCGGGGGACAGCAAAGUGCGGUAAAAGCACUGUACAUGGAGCUGCCAGGCGAGCGCAGCUUGCACGGCGGCUAG